AUGCCCAGCACAUGUUACCCACUAAUCCUUUCAUCUCCUACAGAGUUAGAGCAUGAGGCUCAACGACAGCAAAAUAAGAAACUUGAAGGGAAAGAAAAUCAUCAGCCUGACAAGUAUUCGGGGGAAGUUCCUGAGAACAGAGUGGAGGUUGUUGUUGCAAAUUUGACAGUGAUGGACCGGGACCAGCCUCACUCUCCCAACUGGAAUGCCAUCUACCGCAUCAUCAGCGGGGACCCCUCUGGCCACUUCACCAUCCGGACAGACCCUGUCACCAAUGAGGGCAUGGUAACUGUGGUCAAGGCAGUCGACUACGAGAUGAACAGAGCAUUCAUGCUGACAGUGAUGGUAUCCAACCAAGCACCCCUGGCCAGUGGAAUCCAGAUGUCCUUCCAGUCGACAGCAGGAGUCACCAUUUCAGUUACGGAUGUCAACGAAGCGCCGUACUUCCCAACAAACCACAAGCUAAUCAGGCUGGAGGAAGGCGUGCCCACAGGGACGGUCCUCACGACCUUUUCAGCUGUAGAUCCCGAUCGCUUCAUGCAGCAGGCAGUAAGAUACUCUAAGCUGUCAGAUCCUGCAAACUGGCUGAACAUUAAUGCCACAAAUGGUCAGAUCACUACUGCUGCUGUCCUUGAUCGAGAGUCAGACUACAUUAAGAAUAAUGUCUACGAGGCCACAUUCUUGGCGGCUGACAAUGGUAUACCCCCAGCCAGCGGCACUGGCACUCUGCAGAUCUACCUAAUCGACAUCAACGAUAAUGCUCCUGAGCUCCUGCCAAAGGAAGCACAGAUCUGUGAAAAGCCGAACCUGAAUGUCAUCAAUAUAACAGCCGCAGAUGCUGACAUCGAUCCAAACGUUGGGCCCUUUGUCUUUGAGCUGCCAAGUGUGCCAUCUGCGGUGAGAAAGAACUGGACCAUAACACGACUGAAUGGUGAUUACGCCCAGCUUAGUUUACGGAUCAUGUACCUGGAAGCCGGUGUGUACGAUGUGCCAAUCAUCGUGACGGACUCAGGAAACCCCCCCUUGUACAACACAUCCAUCAUCAAAGUGAAGGUGUGCCCAUGUGAUGAGAACGGUGACUGUACCACCAUUGGGGCGGUGGCUGCUGCAGGACUGGGUACGGGAGCCAUCAUCGCCAUCCUGAUCUGCAUCAUUAUCUUACUAACCAUGGUGCUGCUGUUUGUGGUGUGGAUGAAGCGCCGGGAGAAGGAGCGGCACACCAAGCAGCUCCUCAUUGACCCCGAGGAUGACGUGAGGGACAACAUCCUGAAGUACGACGAGGAGGGCGGUGGAGAAGAAGAUCAGGAUUACGACUUAAGCCAGCUCCAGCAGCCAGAGACCAUGGAUCACGUGCUGAACAAGGCACCUGGAGUCCGAAGGGUGGAUGAGAGACCGAUCGGUGCUGAGCCACAGUAUCCUAUAAGACCAGUAAUCCCCCAUCCAGGGGAUAUUGGUGACUUUAUAAAUGAGGGCCUGCGUGCGGCGGACAACGACCCCACAGCCCCCCCGUACGACUCACUGCUGGUCUUUGACUACGAGGGCAGCGGCUCCACCGCCGGCUCCGUCAGUUCCCUCAACUCCUCCAGCUCCGGGGACCAGGACUACGACUACCUGAACGACUGGGGGCCGCGCUUCAAGAAGCUGGCGGACAUGUAUGGAGGAGGCGAGGAGGAUUGAACUGACCUCACUUAUUUAAAAAAAA